AUGUCGUCUCCCGCGAUGAUGCGCCGAAAGAAGAAUGUCAAGAAGGGCAUCCAGUUUUGCCUGAUGGUCUGUGGAGCCUCAGGUACUGGCCGCACCACCUUCGUCAACACGCUGUGCGGCAAGAGCGUUCUAAAUCACAAAGACUCCGACGACCCAAACGAUGCUCACGUCGAGGAGGGCGUGAAGAUCAAGCCCGUCACCGUUGAGCUCGAGCUGGAUGAGGAGGGCACCCGCAUCUCCCUCACCAUCGUCGACACCCCCGGUUUCGGUGACCUCAUCGAUAACGAGGCUAGCUUCGCAGAAAUUGUCGGUUAUCUCGAGAGACAAUACGACGACAUCCUGGCCGAGGAGUCCCGAAUCAAGCGUAACCCUCGUUUCAGGGACAACCGAGUUCACGCCAUGCUCUAUUUCAUCACCCCAACCGGCCAUGAGAAGCUCAGCAAGUCUGUUGAGGGUGGUGCCGGCGUUGAUUCCUCGAUGAACCCCGAAGACCUGGCAUCUCAGUCUGUCCGUCUCAAGGAAGAGCAACUCCGUCGGGAGGAGGAGAAGCUCCGCGAAAUCGAAAGCAAGGUCCAGCGCGAAAUCGCCGAGAAGCGACAGGAGCUCCUUGCACGCGAGUCUCAGCUGCGCGAGAUCGAGGCCCGCAUGCAGCGCGAAGCCAGUGCCGCGGCUUCGGUCCCGACGCAGGAGACGAACCCCGGUGCCAACGGAGACCACAACUAG